GCGCCGCACGCGUUGUGGCUGCGCGCUGAGCGGCUGGAGCGUGGCGCGGCGGCGGGUGCUCGGGUGCCGGUGCCGGCGGCACCAGCGGAGGACGCGAGCUGUCGGAGCUGUAAGGCGGGAUUAAUUUCUUCUAGGGAUUUCCUAGUGGCAUCAUUCAUAAUUGUAUGGUUUAAUCCUCUAAUCUGCUAUAGUGCCUUCAGUUCACGUUGGGCUAAAUCCACAAAGUCCUGAGAUGAUCCCCCCCUCAUUCCCCCCAAGCUGCCUGAGUCAGUUGGAGUCUUACUUGUGUGAGCCCCUGAUUUAAGGGGAAUGGCCCCCUUACUUUAAAUCGGGAUUGAAAGCUGCAUCGGUCAGGAUCAGGCCCUAGCUUUGCACAGGUCUCCAGUAAGAGUGUAUGGGUUGAUGGUUAAAAAAUCAAAAUACUUCAGAAAGAAAUGGUACUUGCAGCUGCUUGUUGCAGUGAGGAGAGGCAGCACAGCAUACUGCAUGCGAGAGCAGUUGACGUGCCCCUGGUAUCUUUCUGCUAGACUGUGGGAGACCACACGGGAAAAGGAGACUUGGUUAUUAUACUGAAGCUGCUGAUUUGUUGUUUAUUAAUUAUUAACUGGGCUUUUGAGUGCCUGUGUGCGGUUUGAAGAGCGAGCGCAAGAAGAUGACUAGGAAUUUAAUGCAGUGUAGGCUGUUGCUAAAGAGUUGCUGUGACGUUAGGAAUAGUCUCCUUUUCGGGAAGCAUUUUAAAAGCUGGAAGGGGGCACACUGAAGCUGGUGGAGCUCCAGUGAUCUGUGCUUGUUGAGCCUCAGGUAGUCAGGCUGGAAUAAACAGCUUUAAUGGAGCAGUGGGGCCGCUGUGAUUUGUGUGAGCGUCUGUACCUGCUAGGUGUGGGUUCGGUCCUGACCUUGUUGCUGUAGCUGGCAGCGCUUCCGCUGACUUCAGCGGGGUCAAGAUUUGUCUUACUGGAUGUAGUUCAUCCUUCCCAUUGAGCGAGUUGUAGGACCUAUUCAACCUCCCUUUGUGUCAGUAGGUUUUUGCUGACCUGAAUAGCUCUAACCCCCGUAGAAUAAGGGAUGGCAAGCUUCGGUCCUGGCAGAGGCAGCGGGGCCUUUCCUUCUGGCCUGGCAAGCAACUUCACACAGUUUACAGUAUGCUUCUCUGCUGAACACAAACCUUAAAAGAAAUAAGUCCUUCUGUUUGUCUCCUAAAACUAUCUUUGCUCUCAUGUUCUUAGCCUGAAAGCUCUUUCCUGUGUGUGUGUAUAUAUAAAUAAGUAAGUAUGUGUGUGUGUGUGUGUGUCUGAGGGUUGCAGGAUGCUGCCCUUGCCCCAGAAGAGUUCCUGUGGGUUGAGACUAAGCAGAUGCGUGUUCUCGUGUUGGUCAGAGGCAGGUAUACUAAAAGACAGUACUCGCUGUUUAAUAUUGGGCGUAGCAGGAUGGGUGAAUUUCUUCAGAAGCAUCUCGGCUGUGCGUGAGGGGUUUCAGGCUAGCAGAGCUGCGGGUUGUGCAUUGGGGGUCCGCGUUUUGCCAGGAGGUGAGGGUGCUCUUGGUCUGUCAGCGCGCAUCGUGCAGCGGUGUGCGCUCGUUCAGCGCCUGAGCGUUCAGCAGGGAUGAAGUCGGAGACAGUACUGGUGCCUGUUCAUGUUGCUGACUAUCUGGGAAGUUUUUACCGUUGGAGAUGUUUAUCCAGGUUCAUGUUCUCUCCUUUUAAUUUUCUACAAAAAGGUACUUAUCCCCACGUUAUUAUGUGUAUGUGCUCACUUUGAUAUGACAGCACUCUUGGAGGCUCAGCUCUGCCAGAUGCAGAGAGAUCUUAAUUUUCAUUGCAGAUUAAGGUUGAAAGAGACCUUCUAAAGCUGUUUUUCAAUAUUUCUUAAUACUCUGCAUCUUGUGCCAUAGUACCCCCCUGCAUUAGCACAAUGUAUUAUCCUGAGGAAUUUUAAUACCUGAGUAAAGGAAAGGAGAAAGUGUUGGGGCACAGGUGAUUUAUGCGUAGAAUUUGUAGCGUCUCCUUGUUCAUUCUGUACCCCUCAGUAACUUCUCCGAGCCUUUCAAGGAAUCAAACUAGAAUAUUUGCUGCUUAACUGAUCCAGAAGCACAGUCCUGAAAUAACAAAUGAAUCAAUUUAAACCUGAAUGUGGAGUCGGCUCAGUGAAAAUCAGUCUGGAUGUGCUUUGCAGGUGAGCUCCUUGCCCCAGGCAAGUCAUUGGAAGUUUUACCAUUGACUUCAGCUGUGUCAGGAUUUUUCACUCUCAGAGCCUGUUCCUGUUUCUAAUGAUGUUAGGGAAAAAAAUUGUUAGGAAAGUGCUUGGAUUUUAUGAGAGAUUUUUGAUCUAUGUCCCAGGCACAGAUUUCAUGUGACAUCUGUUGCUAUGUUGAGAGAGACCCUUGUCAGACUGGCCUCUUUCUGCCCCCAGGAAAAUACCAGUUCCUGAGUGUCCAGUCUUUUCCUGGGCAUGAGUCAUUCCCAAAUCUCAGGUUUAGAUUUGUGCUUCUGUGCUGUGGACCAGGAGGUGCCACUUUUGGUGAAGGAAGGUCUGUUAGGCGUAGGUGGGCUGUGGCCCUGGCUGUGCUGAAAUACAGCAGAGACACUUCGCAUGCGGUGUCAAACCCUCGUGUGAAUCACUGUGGCGCUUGGAUUAUGGGAUGACCCCCUUUGCCCUGCUACUGUUUCUCCUUCGGGGUCAUUUUGUUCAGGUAGGAAAAUAAAUUGUGUUUAGGUUAUGAGCUGUGGGACCUGAUCUAUUAGUCACAGCUAGGUAUGAAAUGUGAGGGGAAUUUCCAGUCCUUACGUCUCCUUGGAAAUCAUGUAGCCAAUAGCUGUAGGAUUUGGAAUGGAUCCUGACUUGCAGAUUGAUAUCAUCACAGAGCUGGAUCUUGUGAACACAACCCUUGGGGUGACGCAAGUGUCGGGGCUGCACAACGCCAGCAAAGCGUUUUUAUUCCAAGAUCUAGAAAGAGAAAUCCACGCAGCGCCCCAUGUGAGUGAGAAGUUAAUUCAGCUCUUUCGGAAUAAAAGUGAGUUCACGUUUCUGGCCACCCUGCAACAGAAGGCGUCGACUUCUGGAGUUAUACUGUCCAUCCGGGAGGUAGAGCACAGCUACUUUGAACUGGAGACCAGUGGCUUACGGGAUGAGAUUAGAUAUCACUACAGGUUUAAUGGGAAGUCAAGGACAGAGGUGUUUCCAUACCGUCUGGCAGAUGGACAGUGGCACAAGAUUGCUGUGUCACUUAGUGCAUCCCACCUUCUGCUCCACGUGGACUGCAACAGGAUUUAUGAACGUGUCAUUGAUCCCCCAGAAAUGAAUUUGACACCUGAAAGCAAUUUAUGGCUUGGACAGAGAAACAGGAAACAUGGUUUCUUUAAGGGUGUUAUUCAAGAUGUGAAAAUCAUCUUUAUACCAAAUGGAUAUAUAACACAGUGUCCUAAUCUGAAUCGCACAUGCCCGACCUGCAGUGAUUUCUUAAGUCUGGUGCAAGGAAUCAUGGAUUUGCAAGAACUCCUGGCAAAAAUGACUGCAAAAUUAAAUUAUGCAGAAACAAGGCUGAGUCAAUUGGAAGACUGUCAUUGUGAGAAGACUUGUCAAGUAGAUGGAGUGAUCUAUAGAGACAAAGACUCAUGGGUGGAGGAUGAUCACUGCAGGAACUGCACAUGCAAAAGUGGAGUUGUGGAGUGCCGAAGGAUGUCCUGUCCCUUUCUCGAUUGUCCUCCCGAUGCUCUCCCAGUGCACGUGGAAAGCCAAUGCUGCAAAGUAUGCAAGGCAAAGUGUAUCUAUGGAGGCAAAGUGCUAUCGGAAGGUCAACGAGUUUUAACUAAGAGCUGCAGGGAAUGUCGAAAUGGAGUUUUAGUAAAAGUAACAGAGACUUGUCCUCCAUUGAACUGCUCGGAAGAAGACCACGUUCUUCCAGAGAACCAGUGCUGCAGUGUUUGCAGAGGACAUAACUUCUGUGCAGAGGGACACAUAUGUGGUGAAAAUUCAGAAUGCAAAAACUGGAACACAAAAGCUACUUGUGAAUGCAAGAACGGUUAUCUCUCCGUCCAAGGGGACUCUGCGUAUUGUGAAGAUAUUGAUGAGUGCGCUGCUAAGAUGCAUUAUUGUCACGCCAAUACCGUGUGCGUUAACCUGCCUGGAUCCUAUCGUUGUGACUGUGUCAUGGGAUAUGUCCGUGUGGAUGACUUCUCGUGUACAGAGCAUGAUGAAUGUGGCAGCGGACAGCGUAACUGUGAUGAGAAUGCAAUCUGUACUAACACUGUCAGGGGACAUAGCUGCACCUGCAAACCCGGAUACGUGGGGAAUGGGACCAUCUGCCGAGCAUUCUGUGAAGAGGGGUGCAGAUAUGGUGGAACUUGUGUAGCCCCUAACAAAUGUGUCUGCCCUUCUGGAUUCACAGGGAGUCACUGUGAGAAAGAUAUUGAUGAGUGUGCAGAGGGGAUCAUUGAGUGUCACAACCAUUCACGCUGUGUUAACCUCCCAGGGUGGUACCACUGUGAGUGCAGAAGCGGUUUCCAUGACAAUGGAAGCUAUUCUCUUGCCGGGGAGUCCUGUGUUGAUAUCGAUGAGUGUGCCUUAAAGACCCACACCUGUUGGAACGAUUCAGCCUGUGUGAACCUGGCAGGAGGGUUUGAUUGCCUCUGCCCAUCCGGACCAUCUUGCACUGGCGACUGUCCCCACGAAGGUGGCUUAAAGCGGAACGGGCAGGUGUGGACGCUGAAGGAAGACAGAUGCUCUGUUUGCUCCUGUAAGGACGGGAGGACUUUCUGUCGGAGAACAGCCUGCGACUGCGAGAACCCCAGUGCCGAUCUCUUCUGCUGCCCGGAGUGCGACACCAGGGUCACCAGCCAGUGCCUCGACCAGACCGGGCACAAGCUCUACCGCAGCGGGGACAACUGGACCUACAGCUGCCAGCAGUGCCGUUGCUUGGAAGGAGAGGUGGAUUGUUGGCCUCUUCUGUGCCCAAAUCUAAACUGCGAGUAUACAGCCAUCUCGGACGGAGAGUGCUGUCCCCACUGUGUGAGUGACCCCUGUCUGGCCGAUAACAUCACGUACGACAUCAGUAAAACCUGCCUAGAUGGCUACGGAAUCACAAGACUUAGUGGCUCCGUAUGGACAAUGGUUGGAUCUCCUUGUACAACCUGCAAAUGCAAGAACGGGAAUGUCUGCUGUUCAGUGGAUUUAGAGUGUCUUCACAAUAACUGAAGUAGUAAGACUGGACUGUUCUGGGUGAGGAAAACUGAUGGAGUUAACAUCUGAAAUGAGUUGCUGUUUUAUACAACAGACAAUUACCAAAGUCUCCGCAUGAGGAAGAUGUUUGGGAGUUGCCUUUGGGACCUAUCACUAUGCUCAUCCUUGCUAGCCUUGUCUGGGUGACUUACAGUACAAUGCAUAUAAGUCAAUGGUUGUUAAAAGUUUUCAGUGUUGUAAAUGACACACUUCUCCUGUCAAGACACUUGCAAAUAUGUUUAAAUUAUUUCAUGAGUAAACUAAUGCUGUAUUUUUGUUUUAAGUUGUGUAUUGACAACAUGAUAGAAUUCAGCUUUUCUUACUUUGGAUCUAGAUUUUACAAAUAAGACAGCCUGUUGUGAUUUUGUCCCAUGAUAUCACAUACUUAGUUCCAAGGUCCCUGUCAGAUGUAUUUAUGAAAAUAUGUAUGUAUGUACAGUCAAAUUGCAUAGUACUUAUAUUUCACAGCUGUCCAACACUUUAAAACAUUCAAAGGUAUAUUUGAUUGGACAGACUGGAAGUGACCAAACUAAGUCUGUCUUAAAAAUUUAUAAAAUACAUGCCAUGAACUUAAUGAAAUGGCAAAAAAGCACUUUCUUUUCCAAACAUGUGGAGCAGCAACAAGACUCCUAUAGUGAGAAACAGAAUUAAAAACACAUUCCACCACCAUUCAGGAAAGAGUCACUAGCUGUUAUCAGUAUUCUGUUUUGCAAGAGAAACUGCAAAUGUUGGAAAGGGAUAUAAUUCCUCUGGGAUGUGCAGUGAUAAAACAGUCAGAGAGCCUUAAGAUGAUAUAAUUUGAAUAUAGUAGGUAAGAUUUUGCUUUUAAUUAUAGUGACAUUGAUGAGUUCAGAAUCCUUUUUCUUUUCUUUUUUUUUUUUUGGUAUUUAUGAUAAGAAUGAUGUCUGCAGUUCUCAGUCACUGAUACGAUAAUGACAAAGUGCAGGAGCGCCUGAACCCAGUGACGUGUGGGUCAGUAGCCCUUAACACUUGGUAACUUUCAUUACUCAAGUAACAUUUAAGAAACAGAUUUUUCUCUUUUUAUAUUUUGUGAUGUUCAAAAAGACUUAGUUUUAAACUUAGCCAUUCACACAGUGUUGUUUAAUACCUAAGUUUAGACAGAAAUACUAAUUAAAACUCCUAGUCCUUUAUCAAGAUUAGAUUUUGGAUUCCCUUCAACUUAUAUCUAAUUCAUUUUUUCAUGAGGCUAGAAAGUGUGUAGCAUUAGAACAAGAAUAUGUUUCUACAACGAUGGCAUCUACAGCUUAAAUGUCACCUUUUUAACAUGCCGUUGUGUUUUGUUCUGCUCAUUAGUGUAGUGUUCUUUGCUUUUUGUUCAUUUAAUUAAACACACUGAGUAUUUGGAAAAGAGUGCGGAAAUAAGUAUAGUGGCUACAGUUUGGAAACUAUACAUUUGUGACUUCUUCAUAGUUUCAUGCAGGAAAUGUGAAAUUGAUUAAUAAGAAUGAAGUGUGACUAUACAGUGAAAAUAUAGAGUGUUCUUUUAAAUAAAGUAUCGUCAUGUUUCUCAUAAGGGGGAAGUGGCAAAACAAUAUAAAAAUGACUUGCAAUGAUUCAGAUGAUUUUAUUGCUGUUUUUUUUAACAUGGUUCGUUUUACCUAACAGGUUUGUGUGGUAAAGUUAAGUUUAUUUUCUUAAUAUGCCCCAUCAUUUUCAGCUACUCAUGUACUGACUAUAUUUGCAUUGCCCUAAUGAUUGUAUAAUAAGGGAAGCAGUUGUGUUUUAUAUGAUACUCAAAGGAUGUUUGUAAAUCAUAAUGUCAGCUCAUUUUGUAUAUCACAUUGUAAAACCCAAUGGUAAUUCAGUUGGAUGAGAUAUCCAGUGGGCUGAGAUAUAAAGGGGAAUGAUUUAAAACUCGUGGGCAUCUGAAUAAACUCCUAUGUACAGAU